AUGCUUACUCUACAAAUGGUCGUGAAUGGUUCUGCUGUUAUAGUAUACGAUGUUGUUGCUGUAUGUGCCGUGCUAUUUAUAGAAGAAACGUCCGUUCUUAAGGAUGCAGUGGUUGAUGUCUGUUCUGUAGCUGUUGAGUCCUCGAUAGAUCCUGUUGCUCCUGUUAUCAAGGUGACCGGUGUUGCACGUGUAGCUGAUGAUACUUUAGUAGCUGCUGUUGUGCCUGUCACUGCAGUUCCGGUGAUGGAUGCAGUGGUUAAUGCCUGUUCUGUAGCUGUUAAGUCCUCGGUAGAACCUGUUCCUCUUGUUAUCAAUGUGGCCGGUGUUGCUCGUGUAGCUGAUGAUUCUUUAGUAGCUGAUGUUGUGCCUGCCACUGCAGUUCCGGUGAUGGUUGUUGCCUCUGUGUCUGUUGAGUCCCUAGUAUGUCCUGUUGUCCCUGAUACUGUGGUCCCAGUGAGCGGUGUUACCUCUGUCGCUGUUGAGUCUCUAGCAGAUGCUGUUGUUGCAGUCUCUGUAAACAGUGUUGCCUCUGUGUCUGUCGAGUCUUUAUCAGAUCCUGUUGCUCCUGUCACUGUACCUGUUGCCUCUGUUGCUCUUGAGCCUUUAGUAGAUCCUGUUGCACCUGUUACUGCAGUUCCUGUAGCCUCUGUGGCUCUUGAGCCUUUAGUAGAUUCUGCUGCUCCUGUCGCUGCAGUUUCAGUAAACGGUGUUGCCUCUGCUGUUGGGCCUUUGGUGGAUUCUGUUUCUCCUAUCACUGUACCUGUUGCCUCUGUGGCUGUUGAGUCUCUAGUAGGUGCUGUUGUUCCU